AUGAAGAAAACAAUUCCAAUUGCUCAAAUUGAAGAGAAAGUUCGGGGCUGGACGGCGUUGGUCCAGGUUCUCGACAGGAGUCACAUUUUAGUGAGCGAGGAAAACCCAACCAUCUCAUGUCGUCGCUUCGUAUUUGUCGAUUUGGAUGGCACAAGAGUAUCAGCAGUUGCAUACUAUGAAAAUAUACCGCCAUCUUCAACGCAUCUAAUCCCGUUGAAGAAAUAUUAUGUGUCUGGGGCUACACUAAAAAAGGCAACUGAAAGCGACAAGAUUGGGCCUUAUCAGUUCACAUGGACCAUCAAUCAUAACACUUUCAUUGAGCCCUAUGAGGACGGGCUGGUGGAGGAAAUGUUCUGGCCCAUAGAAUACCAAAAAUUUGGUAAUCUACAACGAUUUAUAGACAUUGAAGAUUUACAGAACAUUCAGGGACUGGUGGCGCACGCAUUUGACGUGAAAGAAAUUGGCUUGCAAACAAUCAGUCGGGACAUUGUGUUGGUCAAUAAUGAGAGGAUUCCAAUAAUACUCACUCUCUGGAAUACUUAUGCUGCAAAUGAAGGUUACCAGUUGGCAAGCACCGUUAGUGCAGGGAAUGUUGUUCUUGCUAUGCGUGUUAAAGUUACAACAUUGCAUGGACUUUCAUUGUCCACUAGAGCUGGAAGUUCUAUUCUCAUCAAUCCACCGACACCCGAAGCUGCUAUCCUCAGACAAUGGGCUAGGAUUCCAAUUACCAUUGAGGAUGGAACCGGUUCUAUUGACGCGGUGGCCUAUGGGCAAGAUGCUGAAAAACUCAUCGGCAAAACGGAGCGAAAGGUUACAAGAAUAUAUAGGAAAGAAGAUAAAAGGGCACAUGUUGUCUGCUUCAUUAGGUCAUUUGAGACGAAUGGAGUACCAAACUCUGUGAUAAAACUUUAUCUGGAUGAUGAGCUGCCGGAUUACAUCUUGGCUAAUACAGAUGACUACAUGGUGGAAGAAUUGCCAGGAAAUAACCAGCCAGAUGGGAAGACUGAAAUAAAAAAGACAAAUACAAAAGAAUGUGUCCUCGCGCUUGCGGCACAAACUGCAGCCAAAGAUGGCGGUCGUACUUCAAAGCCAGAAACUAGGCGUGCACUCAAAUUGAAGACUAAUAAGAAUGCCGUCAGCGAUAGGAAAAGUUCGUGUGCUGAUGAAUGCAGUGGAUCAUACCUGCAGAAAAAAAAAUUGAGCAAACAAACAACCAUCAACAGCUUGGCAAAGAAGAAGGCGCGCAGUACCAAAUGA